GAGCAUCUCUCUCCCUCCCACCAGCUCCCUGCCCAAGGGCAGGAGGAGGAAGGGGGGGCAGGGGCUUGGGGCGUGGCCCUGCGACCUGACCCGGACACGUUCCUUUCCUCCUGCACUUCUGCAAGCAGUGGAGGAGACAGCAUGCCGGGCGGGCUGGCGCUCCGGGCAUGGGGACCCCGCGGGCACUGUGGCCACUCGUCUGGGCCGUGCUGCAGCUGGGCUGGCAGCCAGGAUGGCUCCUAGAUGCCCCCAGCAGGCCCUGGAGCCCCCUCACCUUCUCCCCGGCCCGGCUCACUGUGCCCGAGGGGGCGAACGCCACCUUCACCUGCAGCUUCUCCAGCAAGCCCGAGCACUUCGUCCUCAACUGGUACCGCAUGAGCCCCAGCAACCAGACGGACAAGCUGGCCGCCUUCCCCGAGGACCGCAGCCAGCCUGGCCGGGACCGGCGCUUCCACGUCACGCCGCUGCCCGGCGGGCGACACUUCCACAUGAGCAUCAUGGCCGCCCAGCGCAAUGACAGCGGCGUCUACUUCUGUGGGGCCAUCUACCUGCCCCCCAAGACGCAGAUCAACGAGAGCCGGCCUGCGGAGCUCACGGUGACAGAGGGAGUCCUGGAGCUGCCCACAGAGCGCCCCAGCCCCCCACCCAGGACCGAAGGCCAGUUACAGGGCCUGGUCGCCCGUGUCACAAGCGUCCUGCUGGGAGCUCUGCUGCUGGUGCUGCUGACCUGGGUCCUGGCAGCCGUCUUCCUCUGGGCCACUCGGGAGGGCUGCGCGCGCAGGAGCGAAGACCAGCCUCCGGAGGGCUCCUCCACCGGGCCUGCGUGCACCGUGGACUACGGGGAGCUGGACUUCCAGUGGCGAGAGAAGACCCCGGAGCCCCCGGCCCCCUGUGUCCCGGAGCAGACCGAGUACGCCACCAUCGUUUUCCCGGGCAGGCCGGGCUCCCCAAGCCGCAGGGCUUCCGCAGACAGCCCGCAGGGGCCCCGGCCUCUGAGGACUGAGGACGGACACUGCUCCUGGCCCCUCUGACCGGCUUCCUCGGCUGGCCCGAGUCCUUCAGACCCUCCGCCAAGAGCCAGGGGGGCACCUUCCCUGGAAGAGCACAGAGUGGUAGGGCAGCCCAGGAGGUGAGCCUGUCCAAGGGUGACCACGCCCACCCCUGCCAGCACCUGCCAGCCCUGCCCGGCUCCGUGGGCGGGGGAAGGAGCCUCACCCCGGACUCCAGACCCAGUCUCAGGCUGAGCUGGCCAGAGCCUCCCUCCUACACACGCCAGCUGCCUCCCAGGAGGGCCUGGUGCCUGGACAUAGGGGCCCGCGGGUCCUGGUUGGAGACUCCGCCUUGGAGCGGCCUGGUAGGUCCAGCACGGAUCCCUCGUGGGGCGCACGGGGAAAUGCACAAGGUCAGGGCUCCCCUGGGGCCUCGUGUUCCCCCAGGCCUGGAAGAGAGCUCCUGGCGGCGGUGGGGCCCCUCCACCCUCACGUGUGCCCAGGCCCGUCAUGCAGCCCAGGAAACAGGCAAUGAAGGGAGCUGGCGGAGCUGGAGUCACGCCGCCGAGGCCAUCCUGGGGGCCCUGGUGUCCCCCGUGUAUCCCCACUUCUCCUUGGCGCCCAUUCACAGUGCUACUUAAAGGGGCCUCCGCCGGGCCCCCUCCAGGGCACUGGGGCAGGUGCGGGGCCCCCUCGGCAGGGACCCCUCCGACGGAGCCGCCACUCCCUGUGGCCUGCACACAACGUCCGGGGCAGCUGGGUGUGGGGGACUCUGAGGCACGUGUCCCUUCUAGGGGUUCACGCACACUUCCUUGCUCUGUUACACUGUAAUUAAAGAGUGAUGAAAGCUCUAAGAAAGGCGCCGAGGGAUUCCCUGGUGGCGCAGUGGUUGAGAGUCCGCCUGCCAAUGCAGGGGACACAGGUUCGUGCCCCCAGUCCGGGAAGAUACCACAUGCCGCGGAGCGGCUGGGCCCGUGAGCCAUGGCCGCCGAGCCUGCGCGUCCGGAGCCUGUGCUCCGCGGCGGGAGAGGCCACAACAGCGAGAGGCCCACGUACCGCAAAAAAAAAAAAAAAAAAAAUGGCGCCGAGUUUUCCUGCUCACUCAUUGGACACCGGCCUGAAGAAGUAGGAUGCGCCAGCCUGCCCGGCCUGGCCCUCACUAUCCCAGAAACACACUGGCCCUUCAAGGCCCCUCCUCUCCGUCCCCACCACACUCACGCCCACAGCCUGAAACCCCUCCGUCUUCAGGGGGCCACCGGGCACCGCCCCCCAGAAGCCCUCUUCAGGCUCCACGUCCCUGGGUCCCGUAACCCCCUGCCCCCGAACCUGGCACAGGACGUCCCCAACUGAGCAGCUGUGCCUGAAUGUCCUGCCCCAGCCCCACGUGUCCCCACACCAGGCCGGCGGGGGGAUGGAGUGGGCAGGCGAGCGAGUGGGCUGCCGCAGGCUAUGAGUGAGCAGGUGCCAGGCUGCUGGGGGGGCUGGCAUCUGUGGGGAAACCCAGUCCCUUCCCCUCUACAAACUGGAUGAUGGUUCAGUCCCCCAGGGAGGGGAUGCACUGCCACCACACAGGUCAUCGGCUCUUGUCCCUGACUACCGUGACAGACACCCCCAACCUUGCCCCCUCCCCCCCCGCAGUGAGCCUCGUCCAAACCCGCAGGUGCAGGGAGCACAGCAGCCCCCACCAGCUCCUCAGCCCUCGAGCUCACACCCUGUGCCUGCCAUCCUGGAGACUGACCCAGGCAGAGGGAGAGUCACCGGGUCUGGGACACUGGAGGGAACACUGCUGGUGAAUUUUGCAGACGACGCGGGCUUUUGUGCCUGGAAAACCCAGGAGGUUCUGUGGGGAAACUGCUAUGGCAACAGGAAAAUCUAGUCCAGGAGCAGCUGUAAGAUUAACAUCCCGAAAUAAAUGGCUUCCGUACAUCCAACGGUAACCACUUAGAAGAAAAAGUGAUAGCGAAUAUUCCGCCUAUGACAGCAACAGAAAAGAUUGUGUUCAAGGCGUAGAUUCAGUGAGAAAAGCACGAACCAGCAGGAGAGUAGAGUACCGGCGUGGCCUGGUGAUCUGGGGAGGAUGCCGCGACGCCAUCGAGACGUCAGUUCUUCCUAAUUCUACAAAUUUAAUACGAUCCCUGUGAAAACCCACAUUUCUGCAACCGUAAAGUUCAUCUGGAAAAAUAAACAGGCAAGUAACAGCCAAGGAAACCAGGAAAGGAAAGUGAAAGAAGAGCAGCUUUAUCAGAUCUAAUACUGAUGAUCAUUAAAACAGUGGCGUUAGCACAUGAAAAGGCAGGAAGAGAGCCAAUGAGUGGGGAACCAUAGACUUCCUAGGUGGUGCUGGGACAGCACAGCUAUUUGGAAAGUAUAGUAUAGUAAGGUAGAUACAUCCCUCCUACCCUGUGCUUGCAUCAAUCCCAACCCUAUGAGACACAGGAGAAAAACCUACCAGACCUUCACAGGGAUGCCGGCUCACCCUAGGUGCCAUGGAAGAGAAGAUGGGGAAAUUCAGCUGUGUAAAUUGGGGAAAACCCUGUAGCACAUCAAAAACAUCAUCACGAGCAGACUGGGGAAGGAAUUUGCAAUAUCACGCAGAAGGGUAACGCUCCAAUUAUAGAAAGGUCUAAAGUCGGGGAGACAGCAAGGUCAGAGUUGCAAUGGAAAAGCGAGCCAGAGAAAUGACGGACUGUUCACGCACAUGCCUCCCACAUGUUAUGUGCACACAUAUCCCUUAAACAGGGAAAGGAUGCUUAUUUUCACUCAAAAUAAGGAAACUGCAGAUCACAGCCACACCUCUUCACCAGCCAACUCGGAAAGCUUGACUACACCCUGGGCGAGGAUGCUGGGAAGCCGCUGCUUAGCACUUAGUGGAGCAUUUGCCCUUCACUCCUGAGCCCCACCUGUGCAACACCUCCCGGGGGUACCAGCAGAAACGGGAAGCACGUGGGGUUCACUGUGCUGGACCUGAUGGCUGAAGGUAGGGAGGCCCCGGGGUGGCAGGAGAAGGGGCCCCGCCCGGACUCUGGGUGAACUGGCUCCUGGGCGGCCGCCAGCCCUCAGGUGUGUGCAGGAGGGAUGGAGACACUCGGCCCCGGAGCACGGAACCAGGUUGGGGUCCGGUCAAGAGACAAGUGGGCAAUCUGAGCAUCAAAACUGCCAAAAUUAACAUGAAAAAUCUAAUUGAUUCACACUCUGAGCAAGUUUAAA